UAUGGCUGCGCCCUUGCACACGCGGCAGUGUUUACGUUAAUGUUUUUGUUUAUGUUUGGAAAUUGAUGCAGUUUGGAUUUAGAGUUGUAUGAUUGUCGAAAUGAACGAGGAUAAGCAGAAUACGAUUGUUUUUCAGGAAAUUUAUGGAUCAACACCUCUGAAAAAAGACUAUUUUAGGAAGUCAGACGGUCAGCUGUCUGUUGUUGACAGAUCACCAAAAUACACUUCUGUGUCACAGUUCUUUCGAUCCGUGUUUCUACCUCAAGGCUACCCUGAGAGUGUGAGUGAUGAUUAUGUCACCUACCAAAUCUGGGACACAGUGCAGGCUUUCGCAAGCAGUAUCACGGGUACCAUGGCUGCACAGGCGAUGUUGAAGGGAGUUGGUGUAGGAGACCAAACUGCGACGGUGCUUGCUGCUACAAUGACCUGGCUGCUGAAAGAUGGGACCGGGAUGCUGGGACGCAUCGUGUUCGCCUGGAUACAGGGCACAAAUCUUGACUGUGAUGCAAAAAGAUGGAGGUUGUUUGCGGAUAUCCUGAAUGACUUCGCAAUAUUCCUGGAAAUACUGGCGCCGAACUUCCCCCGGCAGUACUUCACACCCAUUGUGUGUGUAGCAGGCGUGUGCAAGUCGGUGGUUGGUGUGGCAGGGGGCGCCACUAGAGCCGCUCUCACGCAGCAUCAGGCUCGCAGAAACAACAUGGCCGACGUGUCAGCUAAAGAUGGCAGCCAGGAAACACUUGUAAAUCUGGCAGCCCUUAUAUGUAAUCUUGUGCUGGUUCCCAUGGUAACUGGUCAUCAGUUCGUGAUAUGGAUGUUAUAUCUGGUAUUUACUGCCAUUCAUCUGUAUGCCAACUACUCAGCUGUUACAUCAGUUGUCAUGGAAACGUUAAAUCAAGCCCGUCUCCAUAUUCUACUACAGUCAUAUUUCAAGUCAGCUGAGAUUCCAUCCAUCCGGAGAGUAAACAAACAGGAACCUGUCAUAUUUGCAAUAAAAAGAAAGAUUGCUAUAAGACUGGGGUCAUCUUUAAGUGAUGUUUGUAAAAAAAUGCAUGAUCUGGAUGUGUUAGAAAGUAUAUACAGACAUGGACGCUAUAUGUUAGCGCUCAACACAUAUAAAAAUUGUGUGUACAUCGUCCUCCAUGAUGACAGCACUGUCACAGACCAGAUCCAGAGUUUGGUACAGGCUGAGGUGCUGGAGUAUGUCGCUAAUAACCUCCAUGACAGACAGAACCUCAGUAUAGAAAUGCAGGAAAUUGCUGCUGGCAUGAUGGAAGACAACAUACACAAGAUCCUGCAGGUCUCCUACAAGGUGGCGGCCAUGGCUCCUGCACUCCUCCACCAGGUGGAGCUACAGGGCUGGGACACACAGAGGGCGCUGCUUGGGGCAGACGAGUGGCGGGCCCACUGGGACUUCACACAUGGCCUCGGAGGGAAGAAGGACUUCUGAGCAAGACACCAUUGUUACAACGAUUGAUUGGAUUUUAAAGAGAUGAAUCCAGUAUGGGACUUUUUAACUCACAUGGAGAAAAUCUUGGAUGGAUGUCAUCACCAAAUGGUCCUCAAGGUUGUUUGGGCUGGGAAUUGGGUUUAAGUUAUUUCAAAUAAGAAGCGACAAAAAAUAUUUCCAUUAUCAUCAGAAAUCAUCUAAAAGCGGAGUCGAUUUACGAUUUUGACUACAUCAUAAGCCUGUCUUUUUUAAUCACUAUCAAAUAGUGAUUUUAAAAUGUUUUCACGAAAAGGUGAAUAUAUCCUGCCCCACCGGUGGCACACAUCACAAACACAGGGCAGGUCAAAUGUUCAACUGGAAAAACACUGAAAUAUUCAUACAGGUCAAAAUAGGGAAUUGCAUCGGACAAAGACUUUUUCAUGUAAACAUUCAAUCUUUAUGAAGUGGUGGUGUAUUUGUCUAAUGGGGCUGCUGUUUUAUUUUUAUGUCUGUAUAAUAAAUGUCAUUAAGUCAUU